AAAGAGAAGAGAAGAGAAGAGAAGGGAAGAGAAGAAAAGAGUGGGAGAGAGAGACCAACGCUAGAGACAAAAAGGUUUUCCGGAGUUGUUGGGUUACCGGGGUUUUGACAAAAUUGGUGUUGGAGAUUGAGGGAAAAGAGAAAAAGGUGGGAGAGAAGAGGGAGGAGAGAAAUGACGGGAGAAAGGGGGAAAGAGGGAGGCAGAGGAAUGGGUGAUGUGAUGGAAAUAAGGGGCAAAAUUAUGUGGGGGAUAAAAUUUGAAUUGCUAGGUCUCUUGUUAGAUAGAUUUUGUGUAUGUUUUGCAUGCAAUGAGUGUGAUAAGGGUGUGUGUGCUGGGUCUGUUUGUGUGUGUGUGGGUGAGUAGGUGUGUGUCCUUGUGUGUGAAUGUCGAUGUGUGUGUCCAUGUCCUCAGUGUGUAUGUGAUUCGUGUUGAGUGUGUGUUUGUGUUGCGUGUGUGUUGCAGAAAAGAUAAAGAGAAG